AUGGACGUCGUCACGGCAGCCUCGGGGUACAUCUCCAAGAUGGUCACCGUGGGCGAGGCCACCGCAUCCAAGAUGAAGAUCCUCCUGUUGGACAGUGAGACAGUCCCCAUUGUCUCAACGGCCAUCACGCAGUCCGCCCUUCUGAAUCACGAGGUCUACCUGAUCGACCGCCUGGACAAUGCCGCGCGCGAGAAGAUGCGCCAUUUGCGAUGCAUAUGCUUUGUGCGCCCAUCCCCUACCUCCAUCCAGUACCUGAUCGACGAGCUCCGCGAACCCAAAUACGGCGAAUAUUACAUCUUCCUAAGCAACAUCAUCCGCAAAUCCGCCCUCGAACGAUUGGCCGAAGCCGACAGCCAUGAAGUCGUGCAGCUGGUCCAGGAACAAUUUGCCGACUUUCUGGUCACAAACCCGGAUCUCUGCUCGCUGGGUAUGGGCUUCCCAUUACAGAGGAUAUGGAGCCACUCGCCCGACCUGUGGAAUCCGGAUUCUCUGCAGAGAGCCACGGAGGGCGCGCUAGCCCUGCUGCUGGCUUUAAAGAAGAACCCCCUUAUUCGAUACGAGAAGAACAGUCUACUGGCCCGGAAGCUGGCCACCGAGGUCCGAUACCAUAUCACGCAGGAGGAACAACUGUUUAAUUUCCGCCGGACGGAUACCCCGCCUAUCCUGCUUGUGCUGGACCGCCGCGACGAUCCCAUCACCCCACUGCUCACUCAGUGGACAUAUCAGGCAAUGGUUCAUGAAAUGCUUGGCAUCAAUAAUGGUCGGGUCAAUUUAAACGAUGUCCCCGAGAUUCGACCCGAGCUGAAGGAGAUCGUCUUGGCUCAGGACCAAGAUCCGUUCUUUAAGAAGAACAUGUAUCAGAACUUUGGUGACCUGGGCCAGAAUAUUAAAGAAUAUGUGGAGCAGUAUCAAACAAAAACGCAGAGCACGGCCAAUAUCGAAUCCAUCACCGACAUGAAGCGCUUUGUGGAGGACUACCCGGAGUUCCGAAAGCUGGCAGGCAAUGUGAGCAAGCAUGUUACCCUAGUUGGUGAACUCAGUCGGCAAGUCGGGGAGCACACUCUCCUUGACGUGAGUGAGUUGGAGCAAAGUCUCGCAUGCAGUGAUAACCACUCCAAUGACCUCAAGUCCCUUCAACGGAUCAUCGGUCUACCUAAUGUGCCGGCAGAUAACAAGCUGCGCUUAGUAGCUCUCUAUGCCCUCCGUUAUGAAAAGCUACCCAACCACGCCCUCCCUAUUCUUCUCGACCUCCUCGUGACAGCCGGUGAUGUCCCCUCCAACCGCGUCAACCUCAUCCCCAAACUCCUCGCCUACCACCACUCUCUCCAAGCUCCCCCUGUAGCAGGAGGAUUCUCCGAUCUCUUCGAAUCAACCUCCUUCUUCUCUGGCGCACGAGACCGCUUCAAGGGUCUUAAGGGCGUUGAAAAUGUUUAUACCCAACACUCUCCCCGAUUGGAGGUGACUCUUCAAAACCUGAUUAAAGGUCGCCUCAAAGAACUCCAGUAUCCCUUCUUGGAAGGCAGCGGGCAUACUCGCGACAAGCCACAGGAUAUUAUCAUCUUUAUGGUUGGCGGUGUUACCUAUGAAGAAGCUAAGAUGGUGGCCCAGGUCAAUGCCAGCUCCCCUGGUGUCCGGGUGGUCCUGGGGGGUACUUCGAUUCACAACAGUACGACUUUCCUGGAGGAGGUCGAUGAUGCAGUGAGCAACUGGCCCGAACCAGGGCCCUCGACGGCUGCGGGACGGCUGCGACGGGAAGUUGGUCGUUAG